AUGAAAUUCUACUCUGGAGAUUUCUAUAGUAUUAUCAAUAUAUUAUUUAUCUUUCAAGUGAAAUUCAAUGCGAAAUAUCAGAUCGACGUUGUCAAUCAGGAGCGAGACAAACUUAAUCUUACAAGAGUAGUUGAAAACCCAUGUUUAAAUGCAGCUGCACAAAGUCAUUCCAAGUAUAUGGCAUCGAAAUAUGCAGUCACACAAGACAGUGCCGAGGGUGAUCUUCUAUCGUUGUUGCAAGCAUUCGGUAUGAAAAGCUUCAAUGUCGCUACCAUCAACAUGGGUGGCAGUUACUUUUGCGAUCAAGACUUUCUAAAGGCACUAUCGACAGAGCCUACCAAUGUCGAAAACAUGUUGGAUCCAGAUGUAAGACUGAUCGGUUUGGCAGUGGCUGAGAGUACUAAAGGUAUUCCCUAUUGGACCCAAAUAUUUUCCAAUGGAAAAUGUACUAAAUAA